AUUAGAAAAAAAUGAAACAUACAAAUGAAUUUGAAGUGAAUGAAAAAUUGAACCGUGGAAUGUAAGAAAUGCAAUAACACAAUUAAUUGGUUAUUAUCCUACAGUAAAUAAUACCCUCAACAUUUUUUUUUAUUAAAAGUGAUUGCUUGAAAUGAAAUAGUGCACAAUGUUGAAUGAUUACUAAAAAAAAAAAAAGAUUAAAAAAAACCCUAGAUUCUAAAAAAUACUCAAAAAAUGCAACAAAAUAAAAAAAAAUCCCUAGAAAAGAAUUAAUCACACUAAGAAAAAAAUAUAAUAAAAAAAUUUAUUCAUUCAGCAGUGAAGAAAGCGAUUUGAAAAAAGGGUAAAAAUCACUAGAUUCUCAAAAUCAAAAAAAAAAAUAAUAAAUCACACUAAAAAAGAAUGCAAUAAAAAAUUUAUUUAUCAGCAUAUUUAUCCAAUAAUGAUAUUUCCUCAGCUAAAAAUAUCUUAAUAGCAGCAAUUACCCACGAAAUUAGUUUGUACACGCAAAGAUAGAUUAUGUAUCAACUACGUGAGCUUAGUAAAUAUAUAUUCCAGAAAUUCAAGAUAGUUCGCAUGGCUUAAGAUUGGCCUGACGUAUAUCUUUGCGUCAUGAGUGUGUAUCGGCAGUGGGGAGUCAGGGGGUCGGGAGGGAGGAGGAAGAUGAUUUCAAAGCCAGGACACGCCAGGUGCAUUUCAACCAGUCUUCAGGACUCAUCCUGACUCUUUAGACGCUUCUAGGAUAUCCGGAAUUCACGGAUCCUCAAUACUCACCCUCUUGACCCUCAAUAUAUCACACACCUAUAUCUACACAUGUACAUACAUUUGUAAGAGUCAAGCCGUCGAUCUACAUGUGUGUACCCCUCUCCUUGUGUGUGUGAUAAAAUAUAAAUUCCAAGAUUUAGAUAAAACAAAAAAAAUUAAUAUCCCUGUGAUCUAGAUCAUCAUUGGCAUUAUCUUAUUGAAAGGAGGAUUAAAAAGAUAGAGAAGUGAAAUGAUGUAUUUUUGGUGGAAGUAUCAGUCAGUGAAGCAACGCCAACAGCUCACACUCUUUUUCUUACGUUGUUCUGAAGCGCUCAAUCUUCUCGGGCCUCACGGUGUCUUGCGUGGCCAUGCGUCGCUCACUGCGGUCCGCACCAUCUCACGAACGCCACUCGAGCGCUUACAAAUCCGUCAUUUACAUUAUUUCAACAAAUUUAACAAUUAUUAUCCAUAAAUAACAUAAUUGUUAAAAAAAAAAAAACAAAAAAAUUCCCUAGAUUUAUUCAAAAUAAUAUCUAGUGUUUUUUUGCAUUUUUCUCUAGUUUCUUUUUGGGGUAAUUGUGAAGUGAUGGUGAUUAGUGAUUUUUGAGUGUUAAGUUUCAGUGAUCAGUGAUUGAAUAGAGGAAUUUAGUUUUAGGAUAAAAAAAUGGGGAAAUUUUGAUUUGAAAAAAUUUUUAUUUUAAGGUUAAAAUUUUUUUUUUUUUUUUUAUAAAAACGUGUGUGUCUCGAGCUGCCGGAGGGAAUUAAGGGCGAGAAACAGGGCUGAAUGUGUUAUGCACUCAAAUUAUAUGGGUCUUAAAGCUUGUUGUGAUGCAGAAGCGGCUGUGGCUAUCGAGAAAAUCACAGUUUACACGUUCACGUCUUUUUAAAUUAUUGUUAGUUCUUGAUGGAAUAAUAUAAUUGUGAAUACAAAAACCGACAUCACCGUUAUCAUUGAUAUUUACGUACAGUAACAAGUGGGGUAAAAAAAAAUUUAUAAUUUGGCAAAGGGAAAAAAUAACAUUUUGAGAAAAGAAAAGAUGGGAAAUUGUUGGAAUGAAAAAAUGGAGGAAAAAUAAUAGUGAAUUAUUAAGUUGGAUUAUAAUUUAAUCUAUAGAUUGCACCAGCCAUGCCAGGUAAAGUAGACUCUGGAUCACGAGAAGAGGUAGCGGAGUCAACGCAAUUGUAUUUAGAAGAUCGUGGGAACAGGUGUUUUAAUAUUAUCCUUACUUCCUUAUACCCACAUUUGCCGAGAGUGUGAUUAAGGAUCAAGGGUGCAGUGCGGUAAUUGAAGGGGAAAUACCUGAGUUGAGAUCGACAAGUGAACGCGAUCCAACUGGAGAAUUAAAUUCUACGGCCUGAUUGCUGGCCCGGCCAGCUACUAUGCGAAUUGAAGCUUUUUGCGCCCUCAUCGCGGUGGUUUGGCUAACCGCAUUUCUGUGGCAACCGUUUGCAAGUGCCAACAACGUCACAAUCAAUCGCAUUCAUCGAGAGAUUCAACGUGAACCGGCUUUAUCCAACGGAUCAUUCAUGCUAGAAGAGCACAAACAAUCGUAUUACAAAGAUAUCCAAGAGAUGUUACGUCGUGAGGGAGGUGAAAGUGGAAAUCCCGUGGACUGCUGUCCAUCUACAGUGGAAGUUAUUCAACCUACAGGCGGUAGAAAUCGUCAAGGCUUGUACGUUGAGCUCUACCGAGAUGCUGAAAACAUUCAGAGUUUUUAUGAGAUAUCUUGUAAUGAUACUGUGGAGAAUAAACCUUGCAGGUUUAUUGAUAGAAAACUUGCUAAUCAAUCAAGAUGUGUUCAAAAAUACUCAUACUCUUAUGCACUCAUCAGGGAUGCAAAGUUUGCGGAUUCAGAAACAUAUUUCGAACAUCACAGACAUCGUCACAAAAACCAUCACCAUUUUCCAACUCUCGGUGCCGAUUCACCUUGGAAACUUGACUUUAUUCGUGUAAGAAGUGGAUGUAGCUGUGAGGUGUCACCAAAAUUGAAGAAAAAAAAGAAACCGUCAGCAAUAAAAUUGAAAAAAUCAAAAACUUAUACACGUUACCAACGAUCGGUAAGAGAGAAUGUUCGAAAUUGAAAUGCUGAUUUUGAACUUAAAUAUAAACGGAAUGAAAGAUGAUAGUUAAUGAAUAAAUUAAUUAUAAAAAUAAAAUGAAUCAUAAACAAUUGAGAAAAUAUAUAUUAUAUAUAAAUAACAAAUGAAUAUGGUAAUAUAAAGAUGGUAUUAUUAAUAAUAAUAAUAUGGAGUAAUUAAUUUUUAUAAAGAGCUUUUAUAAUUACUAGUAAAAUCAUGCUAAUCAUUAAUUAUUAAUCAUCCUACGUCAUAUUUAUUAUUGUUAUUAUUAACCAUAACAAUCCAUAACUAUCGACAGGUUGAGAAUAAUUCUUUGUUACCGAUAGAUGCUGAUAGUAAAUUAUCUGCGGCCAGUUUUUAGAUAUGGAUAUGUAAAUAUUAAUUGGAGUAAAGUAAUUUAAAUAUUGAUAUUACUAUAAAUUAACUGAGUAAUAAUAAGAAGGAGUUAAUUAAUUAUAUAUUAAUUUAAUAGUCAACAAAAAUAAUAAUAUUACAUUAAUAAGUACUGACUCAAGUAAUCAUUACAUCAAUAAGUAAAGUUAUUAAUUAAAUAUUAAUUAAAUGGAAAUACAAUUUAUUUUCAUGCUUAAGAGUGCCUUUUAAUCAUUAUAUAUUAUAUAUUCUAUUUAAUUGAAUUAUUUUUUUAAUCAAUCAAUUAUGAUAACUGUAUGUAUAUUAAUUAAGAAAUUAAUCGUGGACUGACUAGAAAAAGUACAAGAUUUUUUUUUCAAUCACAAACCUGAUCAUGACAAUUUUUUAAAUUUUUUUUAUUGAAAUUAAUUUAUAAUUAAUGGCAUUCGUUAUUAUACAUUUCUCUUGAUCAACUUCAAGUGUUGAAAUAAACACGGAUAAUUACAUCUUUUCAAUUAAAGCUUCCUAUUAUUUUUUAAAUCAUUACAAUUAAAAUGGAAUUUAAGUAAAAAAAAAACUAGAUUUGAAAAAGUGAAAUUAUCUGAGUUUAAUUAGACACGAAAUCAGCUACGUAUGGAUAACAAUUAACAUGGUUUUUUUAAAUACCGUCCCAUAUGUUAAUAUUAAGUUUUUUUAUUGCGUGUUUAUGUAUAAAUAAUUUAUCUAUUGAUACUGCCAUGUAAACAAUGUAAAUAAAUGUUUUUAUUUAGUCUUAUUUCUCUUCUGUACGCUACACUACACAGCCAUCAGACUUUCAAGACCUUUACACCGUAGGAUAGAAUAAAAGUAGGGCUGACAAUUACGGGUGCGCAUGCGCACGAAUGUCAUAGAAAGAAAAUCGAUUUUUGCGCAUGCGUAGCCCGAACAAUUAGCCCUGUUUAUAUUCUUUUUUCACCCUAUUAUGUAAAAACUUUUAGUGUAUUCGAUUUUUACUCGAAAAAAUAAAAUCAUUUGAUAAAAUUUGUACCGUAAA